GCGUGCUUGUCGAUUUGAAAAGAUGGCAGCAGAUUUGAGUAGAGUUGCUGCUGGCGGAGACAAUUCUGUGGCUGAUGUAUUUAGCAACUUGAGAUACAGCGAAGUUAUGGAGCCAUACGAUGUUGCUUAUGCAUGGUUGGAAAAACAUGGCAGGAAGUUCAAAGGGUUUACAGAUAAUGUAUUUCUCACGACGUAUUCGGGUAAACCAGUUCCCGUGCUGGCAGAAUUCAGCCAGGAGAAACUGUGCGACGUGUUCCCAUCCGCGGACAGCGAAGUUGAAGAUGCCUUGAAAACGGCUCAAGGUGCACAAAAGCUGUGGGCUGCACUUCCUGCGUUUGAGAGAGCGAAACACCUUUACAGCUUUGCCCGCAACGUGCAAAAACAUGCCACACUUUUGGCCCAAGUGGAGAGCUUGAGUACUGGCAAGCGACUGAAUGAGACCAGAGGCGAAAGCGUUCCGCAUGCAGUCCGCUGUCUGUACCACUACGCGGGAUGGACCAUGCACCUCCAAGAAAAUUUCCCACAUUCUCAACCCUUAGGUGUUGUUGCGGUGGUCGCUGGAAACACAACCUACCUUCACACCAUGUCUGUGUUCAGACUGACAGAGAUUUUGGCUGCAGGAAACUCGGCUGUGCUGGUUGUUAAUCCGCAGGGAUGCCUUCCUGCUUUCCUCUUAGCCGAGAUUGCAGCAUCAGCCAGCCUUCCAAAAGGCCUUGUCACUGUGCUUGUUGGAGAAUCCAAAGCCGUACGAGAGAGCAAGAUGGUGGACAAACUUUUUUUUGUGGGCCCUGUCUCGCGUGGGCAGGAACUCAGACGGGCCGUUGCCGGAACCGGGAAGAUGUUUUCUUCUUACCAUGGAGGAAGACCCAUUGUUGUCCUCCUUGAAGGCUGUGACGUUUCGAGUGCAGUAAAUGGUGUCCUCGAAACCUUUGCAGCAAGCUGCGGGAAGUCCGACUCUUCUGGCGUCCAGGUGUUUGUUCAAGAGAGUGUCUACCAACAAUUCAUGAAGCUUGUGAGGACGAGGUUUUCCAAACUGCGCUGCGGAACUCCGAAUGAAAAAACUGCGGAUGUUGUCCCUUUCUUGAACUCUGGAACUCGUGCCUUUUCCUCAUCGAAUAUUUCCGAAAAACUGGUUGUCACUGCUUCCAAAGAACUUCAGUCUAAUUUCACGAGCCUCAAAGAUGCUCUACUGCUCCCUGCUGUAGAACCUUCAUCUCCUGUAGCUGUGGAUUCUGUAGGAAAUCCUGUGGUUCUCGUGAGCCAAUUCCGAACAGCCAAGGAAGCCAUCUCCCUCAUAAACUGUGUUCCUCAAAGAGUGUGUGCGAGCAUCUGGACAGAGAGACUGACGGCUGCGCUAGAACUUGCAGCUUCGCUUAAGGUGCCAACAUGCUUCGUGAAUGGGCAGAAUCUUUAUGAUCCGGCCGCCGAAUUUGGAGGACGGUCCGGUACGGGAUACAUCGGUGGUGAACAGGGAAUGUUGGAGUUGUUGAAGCCAGAUUGGCACAAACGUGAGCUGUUGCAGAAGACUGUUAUUGAUUAUCGAAUGUUUGGCAACAAGUCCGACCCAAGCAGAGUGCUUCCUCAUGCCUUCCUUUCCGGAGAUGGUUCUAGUAUCGACCUCACUCUAAAGCUGUACUACGGUGGCCAGCAGAAGCGGCCGGAAUCCAAUACAUCAUGUUCGCUGACCAACUCAAAGAAUGAGGUUGUUGAGUAUAUUCCGGAGGCUGGGAAGAAGGACGUACGCAAUGCUGUUGAAGCAGCCUCAGCUGGGUUGAGAGGCUGGCGGACACGCGAUCCUCACAACAGGGCACAAAUCCUGUACUACAUUGCCGAGAACCUGUCGCAGCGUAGAACUGCAUUUGCUGGCAGAUGCUCUAGAGCAACUGAGCAACCUGAGGAGACGUGGCAGGCGAUCAUCAACGUGUGUGUGCAGCGUUUGUUCUACUGGGCAGCUGCCUGUGACAAGUAUGCUGGGAAGGUUCAGGCCACCACUACGAAGGGCAUGGUGUUAAAGUUGCAUGAACCCGUUGGAGUGAUCGGAAUUGUCUGCGCGGACAGCAGCCCCCUGCUGUCUUUCGUAUCUCUCACCGCGGCCGCCAUAGCCAACGGCAAUGCUGUCGUCGUUCUUGCGAGCGAGAAGUGCCCCCUUCCUGCAUUGCUCAUGUACCAGGUAUUUGAAACGUCAGACCUGCCGGCAGGGGUCGUCAACAUCCUGUCUGGCUAUCAUGAGCCCAUGGUUCGAACCCUCGCCGAACAUCACGAUGUCCAGUCCCUCUGGUAUCACGGAUCGUCGCGGGAGGCAGCGGUGUUUGUGGAGGAAGCCUCCGCUGUGAACAUGAAGCGGACCUGGAUUGGACGUGGGGAUCGGGACUGGGGGAACGACUCACACUGUACGGGCUGGGAGUUCAGAUAUCACGCAACAGCUGUUAAGACCAUUUGGCUGCCAAGUGGUGACAUUUUUGCUAACUAGUAACGGCAACUGCUGACAUUUUGCUUCUGCAUUCAGGGUGUCUACCGACCUGGAAAACCGGGAAUGGUCCAGGGAUUUUAGUGCCCGGAAAAGUCGGGGAGUUGUCGAGGAAGUUGCCAAAAAAGAAGCACAGGUUGACGAAAAUCGCGGACAAGUGCCAUGACGAUAAGCUGCGAAUCGCGAGUGCUGAUGAGUGCAGUUGAGCGGCAACGGGGCAGCAAAGUAGGCAGGCCUCACUAAUAAGUGACCUUAACCUCACUAAUAAGUGACCUUUAACCUCACUAAUAAGUGACCUUUAACGAAAAAGACGAGGGUCAUAGAUGAGCUCUCCCUACCGCAGGAAAAGAAAUUGGAUUUGUUAUUCCGUUUGUUUGAAUUCAAUAAAUGCUGCGUAUUAUCCAAUUAAUAAAUGGUCUGUUUUAUCAGUGGUCUGUAUGAAAACGUAGGAACUAGUCCUUUGCUUUGGUCAGAGAAUUUGCUUGAAAUGGUCGGUCAAACCUGGAAAAGUCGGGGAAUUUGACGAUUACAGUUUGGUAGACACCCUGGCAUUACACUUCUGCUUCGUGCAUGCUGUAGAGAAUGUUUAGUUGACUGAAUUUUUACUUCUGUACCGUUACUUCCAGUCUGUUAAAUGGUCAUUUUUUUC